AUGAAGAUGCACUUCUGUAUCCCGGUGUCCCAGCAGCGGCUGGACCCGCUGGGGGGCCGCUACGUGCUGUACUCCGUGUACCUGGACGGCUACCUCUUCUGCAGGGUGCGCUACAGCCGACUGCAUCGUUGGAACCAACAGCUGAGGCGGGUCUUUGGAAAUUGCCUGCCACCUUUUCCACCAAAGUAUUAUCUUGCAAUGACCACAUCCAUGGCUGAUGAGAGGAGGGACCAGUUGGAACAAUAUUUGCAGAAUGUAACCAUGGACCCAGACAUGCUGAGAAGUGAUGUCUUCAUUGACUUUCUAAAACUCGUACAGCUGGACACAUUUAACAUCACUACCAAGACAGCCUCUCUGGAUAUAUUUCUGCCAGAUGGAAGGAAUAUUCCAGUCGAAAUUCUAACAUCAGAUACUGCUGAAAGAGUCCUAGAGGUGGUGUCGCACAGAAUGGGACUGUGUCAGGAGCUCUUGGGCUACUUCGGCCUCUUUCUCAUUCGGUUUUGCAAAGAGGGCAAACUCUCUGUCAUGAAAAAAUUGGUGGACUUUGAACUCCCUUAUGUGAGUCUUCGAAGCGCUGAAGUAGAAAACUGCAAGGUCGGACUCAGGAAGUGGUACAUGGACCCAUCCCUGGACUCCGUGCUGAUGGACUGCCCAGCAGCGGUAGAUUUGAUCUAUAUGCAGGCAAUUCAGGACUUUGAAAAAGAAUGGGCCAAACCCACACAGGCUCAGAGGCAGAAAUUAGAGGCUCUCCAGAAAGAACACAACCAAACCAAGUUUCUGGAGCUGUCCCAAGAGGUCCGGCACUAUGGGUACUUGCAGCUGGAUCCGUGUACCUGUGACUACCCAGAACCAGGCUGUGGGGCCGUCCUCUCUGUUGGCAAUAAUGAGAUCAGCUGCUGCAUAACCCUGCCUGACAACCAGACCCAGGAAAUCAUUUUCCAGAUGAACAGAGUGAAGUGCUGGCAGGUCACUUUCCUUGGAACUCUGCUGAAUAUGGAGGGACCCCAGCAAACUCUCAACCAGAACUUAGAGCUCAGAUUUCAGUUUAGUGAAGACAGUGGCUGGCAGUGGUUUGUUAUUUACACCAAGCAGGCCUUUUUGCUGAGUAGCUGCUUGAAAAAGAUGAUCUCAGAAAAGAUGCUAAAGCUAGCUGCAGAGAAUCCAGAAAUGCAGAUUGAAGUUCCAGAACAAGGCAAAAGUAAAAAAUACCACAGUCAAAAAAGCCAGCAAAAAGACUCUUUUCGUUUUCUACCAAGAAAAAGCAAGAUUGAGAUGGCCAAAGUUGAAUGUGUUUUUGGGAUCAUAAAGGAAGAAGAACUUUGA